UUACAGGCUAUGCAGUUGUAUAAAUUACUUCUAGUGGUGAUUCUAGGAUCUUCCAUUGCUGCUAGUAUUGUGUUAUUUGGAGAUUCUCCCUCUUUACGAGGCUCUUUAAUUCAUAGAGUUAGAAGAUGGAUCUUGAAUAGUCUUCAAUCUAGCGUUCUGUUCUAUAGAUCUGUGGACAAUAGAACCAAUGGUGGACUAACUUGGUGCUUGGAGUGGUCCAUACCAGUGUUUUAUGUCCUGGUAAUCACUGGAUGCUUUUAUCUAUUCUUUACAGAAACGUAUCUCGAGGUACUCCCAUUGAAUAUAAAGCAUUCUAUUUUCCAUAAUCUCUACAUUUUUGCCACCAUUACUCUUGUAUAUCUAUCGACAAUAUUAGUGACAUAUACAGAUCCAGGACGAAUUUCAUCCUCAACAAUGGCUCAUAGAGCCAGUACCUUCUUCCCUUACAAUGAUCUAAUCUUCCAUCCAAAGGAUUGUGCUACAUGUAAACUCCCAAAACCAGCCAGAUCGAAACAUUGUUCUACUUGUGGCCAUUGCAUUAUGUUAUAUGAUCACCAUUGUAUAUGGGUAAAUAAUUGUAUUGGAUAUUACAAUUAUCGAUGGUUUUUCCUUUUCCUUGUAUCCAAUAUCAAUCUUUUAUUCUAUGGAGGUUUAUUAUCAUAUUGGUCCCUUGUGGACCAAUUCCCGUCUACUAGUUGGUGGCAUAGAAUCACAUCUACUACAAAUGCCAACAAAACUACUGGAGUAUUCCUCAUUCUAUGUAGUAUAUUUGUGGUGAUCACUAGUUUAUUCACAGCUUUACAUCUCAGAUAUUUAUAUUUAGGGGUUACUACCAAUGAAUGUGAUAAAUGGUCAGAAUUAGAAUACCUUGUUGAAUUGGGUACUCUUUACAAAAUUCUUGAUAAGAAUUUCCCGGAGAAUUAUGUCGAAAAAAGUAUGGUUCAUGAUAAAUCUACCGAUUCUUACUUACAGGCAUAUAUAAGUUUACGAAAUGAGCGAAUUCUUUUCGUGGAGGGAGAUGAAUCAAUUCCUCAAAUGGAGCCCGUUAUUUCCGUGGAAAAGGAUCUUGUCAAUAUAUACGAUUUAGGGUUUUGGGGAAAUGUUAAUGAACGAUUAUGGAAUGUAUAUCAAAUAUGA